AUGGAGAUUGAUCUGGGACAUUUAUCUCAGUACCUGGCCUUGCUGGCUGGAGCUGGAGUGCUCUAUGCUUUCGGCCUUGUCGUGUACAGGGUCUUCUUCCACCCUCUCGCCAAGUAUCCUGGUCCUUUUCUGGCCAAAAUCACAGACGCCUACCAGCUUUACCAUGCUUAUAAGGGCGAUCGCCACCUUGAAUUCUGGCGCAUGCACCAGAAAUAUGGCAAGGCUGUUCGCUUUGGCCCCAACUCCGUCUCCUUCAACUCCAACCAGUCCCUCAAAGACAUCUACGGCUUCAAGUCCAAUGUGCGCAAGGCCGAAUUCUACGAUGCCUUCGUGCACCCAGCCGCCAACACCCACAACACCCGCGACAAGGACGUGCACGCCCGCAAGCGCCGCGUCCUCUCGCACGCCUUCUCCGAGAGCGCCAUGAAGGAGAUGCAGCGCUACAUCCUGGGCAAUGUGCGCACCUUUUGCGAGCAGAUUGGCAUGAGCGACAGCGGCGUCGACGCCAAGGGCUGGACGAAGCCGCGCAACAUGAGCGACUGGUGCAACUACCUUGCCAUGGAUAUCCUGGGCGAUCUCAGCUUUGGCAAGGCCUUCCACAUGUUGGAGAAGCCGGAUAACCGCUUUGCCCUGGAGCUCGUCGAGGCUGCCACCACUCGCCAUCUCAUCUGCGGCACCAUGCCCAUCGUUGACAAGCUCAAGAUUGACAAGUUCCUGUUCCCUAAGCUGGCUGCUGGUCGGGCGCGAUACAUGGCCUACAGCAAGGGCCAGCUUACUGAGCGAACGAAGCUAGGUGAAGAGACGGAUCGUCGUGACUUCUUUUACUAUCUGCUCAAGGCUCGUGAUCCCGAGACUGGACAGGGUUUCAGCACUCCUGAGCUUUGGGGUGAAUCCAACUUGCUCAUCAUUGCCGGCUCAGACACCACUUCCACCGCCAUGGCCUCAACUCUGUUCUAUCUCGUCCGCAAUCCCCACGCUCUCAAGCGCGUCACCGAAGAAAUCCGCAACAAAUUCAGCGACGUCGAGGAGAUUGUCCACGGCCCUGCUCUCGGAUCCUGCACGUACCUCCGCGCCUGUGUCGACGAAGCCAUGCGUCUGUCCCCCUCUGUCGGCGGCAUCCUGCCCCGUGAAGUUCUCGCCGGCGGCAUCACCAUCGACGGCCACACUCUCCCCCAGGGAACUGUUGUCGGAACUCCUCACUACACUAUCCACCACAACGAGAACUACUACCCUGUUCCAUAUGGCUAUGCUCCCGAGCGGUGGUUGCGCGACGAAGUCAACCCUCUUACUGGCAAGACCAUGACCGCCGACGACGUUGCCCUCGCUCAGAGCGCCUUCUGCCCCUUCUCUAUUGGACCUCGUGGCUGCAUCGGCAAGGGUCUUGCCUACGUCGAGAUGACUACCACCCUGGCUAGGACUAUUUACAUGUAUGAUUUGCGAAGGGCUGUUGGUGUCGUUGACCCUGGUGAGGGUCACGCCGAUUUGGAAUGGGGACGUCACCGUGAGACUGAGUUCCAGCUGGUUGAUACGUUUACCAGCGCCAAGAAGGGUCCUAUGGUUGAGUUUAGGAGGGCCGAGAAGGCCUGA